AUGCCGCAGGAGGACCAGCCUGGUGGCGGGGGGCCGGAGGGCGCGGCUGUCGCCCUGGGCUCCCACCUCGAGCUCCUGGCGCAGCUGCUGCACCAGGCGGCGGCCGGAGAGGGCCUGCAGGCGCUGUGCGACCCCCUGCUGGCGAGCAGCGCGCACCUGAGCCGCGGGCUCGAGGAGUGCAGGCCUCCGAGCUGGAAGCACAGCCCUCGGCCCGCCCGGCGUGAGGUCGUCGGAGCGUCGUGCAGCGACGCGAGCUGCGGCGACGCCCGCCCGGCCUCGGAGCUCACGGUCUCUGCGAUGCACAGCACAGUGAGUACCAAGAGGUUCGACCGCCAGACAUCGGAGGUCGAGUCGUCGUGGAAUCACCACGAGUGGGCGGAGGACCAGCGCGUGAUCCAGGAGCUGCGGCUGGGGGAGUCCUACUCGGAUUUCGAGUCCGACGUCGAGGAGGCUUCACGGGUCUUCCGCUGCCUCAGGGGUGUCGUUGGCAACGCACGUUUCGAGGUAUUCUGGGCUGCAGUCGUAAUGGUGAACACCUGCACCAUGAUCUUGGAAGAGGAGUGGACGGGUAUACGCUCUGGCCACCGCAUCGGUGUGUACCAAGAGUACGGCUCAGAAAAGUUUAAUGACCAGUGGUGGCCAAGCGCGCACGAGGUUUUUUUCACCAUCGAUUGUGUGUUCACCCUGAUGUUCACCGUUGAGUUGAUAUUGACGUGCACUUACGACAUCUGGAACUGGUAUCUCGGUUUCAAGAUCCACUUCCGGCAUCCGUUCUGGACGAACCCGUGGGACUGGCUGGACGUUGUGAUUGUGCUGUCCUCCAACCUGGCGCUCCUCGGCGGCGUCUCCAACGGGCCGAUACCCAACGCUCGCUUCUUCCGGAUAUUCCGCCUGGUACGCCUCCUCAGGCUGUUGCGGCUGGUCCGGAAAGUCAAAUCGCUGGACCCGCUGCACCUCAUGACAACGGCCCUAUCGGGCAGCGCGACAGCGCUGGUAUUCUCCAUACUGCUCCUGGUGCUGAUCCAGACCAUGUUCGCGAUGAUGUUGACCCAGGUCUUGCGGUACGGAUGGCUCUCGGAAGGCUCGUCGCUGACGGAGGACACCCAGAAGGAAUUGUUUAGAUAUUUCGGUACGUAUACCCGAUCGAUGGUGACCAUGUUCGAGCUCCUGCUAGCGAAUUGGCCCCAUGUUUGCCGUUUCCUCAUGGAGGAGGUUCACGAGGCAUUUGGCUGUCUCGUGGUGUUGUAUAAGUUGUCCGUCGGUUUCGCGGUGAUUGGCUCACGGUGGCGGAUAAAUGGGGUCUUCAUCCAGGAAACAUUCUCGGCGGCCCAGAACGACGAGUUCAUCAUGGUGAGAAAGCGGCUCCGGCAGAUGCAGCACUACAAGCAGACCAUCACCCGCCUGUUCAGGAUGGGCGACAGGGACAGGUCUGGCACGCUGACCAGGGAUGAGCUCUGCUUCCUGCUGCGGAAGCGCGCCAUACGUACCUGGCUGGAGGCGAUGGAGCUCCGCUGCUCCGACCCCGACAUGCUUUUCACGCUGAUCGCGGGCGACGGGAACGAGGUCACCAUCGACCAGUUCGUCGCGGGCAUCGGGCGCCUCAAAGGGUUUGCCAGAAACAUCGACGUGAUCGCCGUGCUCGACAUUCUGCAGCAGCAUCAGCACACACUGAUUCAGGGCAUGAGGCUCAGCAGCCGGUCCAACUGCCAACAAACAUCACCAGCGCAAGCUCGUGGUCCUGUCGAGGAGCCCGCGGUGCUGGCGCAGAUCCCGUGCUCCUGA